ACAGAGAGAAAAGAAAGAAAGAAAGAAAGAAAGAAAGAGACAGAGAGAGACUCUUGAGUUCUACUCAAAAUGAUUAGUGGGGUUCUAGCUUCAGCUUCAGUUUCCCCACAUUCUUCAUCUCUGGUGUGUAAACUCAAAACCAGCUGUUACAGCCAUGCUUCCACCUCUGUUGGUGUUCACAGGGUGAGGUCCUUGGAUCUGAAGCUCGAAAGGUUCGGGCUUUAUGGGGUUAAGGGGUCUAGGAGUUGCAGCAGAGUUCACUGCAGUACUGGACCUGGUGAGAGUGAUAGCAAGAGUGUUCUAGAUGCCUUUUUCUUGGGAAAAGCUCUAGCCGAGGCACUGAAUGAUCGAAUUGAGUCCAGUGUCGGCGAGUUUUUGAGUACAAUUGGUAGGCUGCAAGCUGAGCAACAAAAGCAAGUAGAGGAAUUUCAGGCAGACGUACUGGAAAGAGCUAAGAAAGCGAAAGAGAAAGCAGCUCAUGAGGCUGCAGAGGCACAAGGAAUUGUUUCAAAAUCAACUACAGAUGGUAUAACACCAGUCACCAUCACCAACGAGGUUUCUCCAAUAACCCCAACAACCACCACCAGUACUGGCGUCACCCCCGUAAUAACUGAGGAUGAACCAGGGCCAGCCGACCAGGAUACUGCUUCAGAGGUGCCAAUUGAUGAUUGACCAUCUGAUUGUUAGAAUAUCUUACGUUGAGCCAGGGCAGUUGGUUCAAAUGUGGUGUAGUUCACCACUUUAUCGUUUCAAAAGAUAAGCUAUUAGUCUUUUAAGGCAUAUGGGUAAUUGGGUAUGAAUAAAUAUGGCAUAAUUGCAUAAAUUGAGUCUCUUAUAAGAUACAUAGAUGAUACACUUUGCUUCCUUAGAACACCAUAAUACUUUGUUUUCACAUCGAACAAGACAAUAUUAGCUUGACAUUGGUCCAAAGGGCUUGUCUUCGGUCUGUCAAUCAACUUCUACUAUUUAUCAUCGAAGCUAUAGCCUAUA